AUGUCCCGCCAACUCGUGGCUACAUUCUGCCACGAGGUCAAUUCCGCUAUCAGGAACGAAGACGCUCUCAAGAUACGCUCAAUCCUCGUGCUCGAACCGCCCUUCGCCAAUCCCAUCUACUACGAGCUCAUUGAAGAGCUUCGCAACGAGUACCCCGCAGACGACGAUGGGUCCGAGGACAGACUGGAAGAGGUGAUAAAAGCUGCAGUCACCGAAACUGGUGAGGGUCAAGAUGAGGAGGGCCGGCCCGUUCAGAGCUGGCAUCACAUGGUUGUCUUUCUGGCUGGAUGGCUCACCUUCAUUCGCGAUGUCGACACGUCGCAGCUGCUCAAGGCAUACCAGGCAAUGAGCGACGUCCAAUCUAAGGGAAAUACGGCUCUGCAACAUCCCAUCAAAGGCAUACUCGUCCUGCCGACCCUCAUCGGCUAUGCCCAGAUCUUCGCACGCUUAGCUGUCGCCCUCGAUAGGCAACCUGAGCUCGCCCAACAUGUAAUCGCCGCUUCGGAAGGCAAGGAGGGCGAAUCGCUAGCGGAGAAAGCUGCAAACGUGGUUCGUCAAGGCUUCCUCACAUGCCUGAGCGACAGGAACACGGUACCGGGUGGAAUAAAGGAUGGCAGGCCCGACGGCAAGAAGAUCGGCGUGUACAAGAUGGCCAACGUGUGCCUCAAGAUCUUGUUCCAGUCAAACAAGCUCGACAAUUGUUCCAUGAUUUUUAAAAACAUCGACGCGGCGUCUCCGCCAUUGCACUUCUACCCUGCUGGGGACAGAGUUACAUACCUCUACUACCUCGGCCGCUACCACUUCAUCUCCAACAACUUCUACCAGGCUCAAAUGGUACUACAGCAGGCAUAUACCGAUACCCCAACGCACGAGAACUUUAUGAAGCAGCGGCGUUUGAUUCUCCUGUACCUUUUGGUUGCUAACCUGAUUCUUGGACGCUUUCCAUCCGAAAGGGUAUACUCCCGACCAGAAGCCAUGUUCUUUCGCGAAAUAUUCCAGCCGAUAACCCAAGCAAUCCAGAAAGGAAAUCUGGAGGCAUUCCAACGAAUGAUGAACCUUGAUUUAUCGUGGGAGUAUGCGGCCAAGCUAUGUCGAUGGAAGGUGUUUUACCAGAUCGGCAACUGCUGCGAGAUUCUGGUAUACAGGAGCUUGUAUCGCAGAGUGUUUCUCCUCGCGGGAAAGCAACCAGGCCCAAUGGACAGAGCACCACCAAGCCUAGAUCUCAAUGCAGUCGUUGUCGCAGCAGCAUACCUUGAGACGCGAGCCAGCGCAUCACAAGCUAAGACACAUUCCAAUGGGUGGUCAUUCAGCAACCAAGGCCUCCCCACGCCACCUUCGUAUGUCGACCCUGACUUCGAAGGUAUGCAAGGCGUCGCACCUUAUUUUCACCAGUUCGACAUCCAAGAAAUAGAGGGCCUUUGCGCCUCGUUGAUCUUGGAAGGGUUGAUUUCCGGUUACAUCAGCCCCAAGCUAAAAAAGCUGGCUAUCUUAGGCACGAAGAAAGCGGGGAGCCCUGUGAAAGCUGGCUUCCCAAAUCUUUGGCAGGUGCUGUCGACAAAGAAGAGAGAACAAGCUGGUGGGGACGGUGUGGAGGGUUGGGUGAAGACACAGCAGGCGGGUGGCGGGAAGGUGGUCAGACUUGCAAGUGCGCGCCCAGCAGGGUCUUGA